AUGAAAGAAGAACAAACCCCCUGUCUGGCCCCCAUCAAAUACCCUUUCCCAUCAAACAAAACGGAUUUGAGCCCCAAGUCCGUCAGCUCACUGUCCAGACCACCUGGCAGUCUUCACACUGGCGUGCCUAAAGAGAUAUUCUCAGCAAAUCCUUUCCACGUUGCAUCCAGACGGAUCCUACAGGUGGGCAAUAAAGGUGUAUCACUGACUUCUCGACAAGCUUCCUCAGAAGACUUAACAAAUAGGAUUAGGGAGCAAGAAAAAUCUUCCAAAGAGCCAUCUGCUAAGCUGCAUGAUGCAACUGGCGGAAGCCAUGAGGAUUAUUUAGCAAAUGGAUAUACAAAAUUUUUGGAUGGAUAUGACGUUUUGAAUCACUCAGUGGUCUCAAUUAGCAGGAAGACUUUGGGAUAUGGGUCUGGAAAUCAAGGGAAAUCUGCUCUAUCCCGACGAAAAAGGGACCUCCUGUUCCCCAAUGGAGUUAAACUUUGCUCUCAUGAAACCGUGCAACAGGCAAUACAGAAUCAUCGGAACUACUUUCACCUGCGAGUGUGCCAGGAAACAGUGUGGGAGGCCUUUAAGAUCUUCUGGGAUCGUUUACCGGAAAAAGACGAGUACCACAACUGGAUGAGAAAAUGCCAAAAUGGUAGUGUCAGCGUGUUCGACAUCGGCAGGAGCUUUAGCCAAUCAGCUGAGCACCUUGCUCUGGUUACAAUGCACCCACCAGCCCAAGACAACCUGAGUGCAGUCAGUAUUCUGCUUCCUGAGGCAGUAACAGAAUCACAGGAUAUCACACCGCAGAUCUUUGCAGACCUAAUCCCAAUUACCACUAUGGCUUCAGAGCUUGAAAUCCUGCCUGGAGUCACCCCAAAGCCUGAUCUUACCACAGACUCACCAAGGAUAAGCACUAAAACUCCUACAGAAUUCACAAGAGAGGCCACUGAAAAACAUAGUUCAGAAACUGAACAGAAGGUUGGACUGGAUGCUACUGAAGGUCCUGUUAAGACAGCAGAUGCUACCAUGCAAAAUGUAGAGGUUAAUGUUGUCUCAAAACCUACAUUAAUGACCACUGAAAGAACUCCAGAAGAUUAUAGUUCAGGACAAUUUGAGCUGGAUAUUCCCAAAACCUUUGAGAAGUCACCGGGAAUAAGUACAACUAUACCUACUGUUGUUACCAGAGAAUCAACUGAAGACCUUAUUUCAGAAACUGAACUGGAAGAGGGACAGGAUUCUAAUGAAGGCCUGGUUAAAACCGCAGAUGUUACCAUUCAACAUGUAGAGGCUGGCACCAUCUCUGAGUCUACAUUAAUGACCACUGAUGGAACCCCAGACUCUACUUCAGAAAAAAAUGAGCCUAAUCUUCCCACAACCUUUGAGGACUUAAGAGGGAUAAGUACUAAUACUCCUGCAGUGGUCACCAGUGAAUCCACUGAAGAGCUUAAUUCUGAAACUGAACUGGGGUUGGAACAGGACGCUACUGAAAGUCCUGUUAAGACAGCAGAUGUGACCAUUCAACGUGUAGAAGUUCAUGUUGUCUCAGAGGCUAAAUUGGUGGGCACUGAUGAGACUCCAAUAGAUCCCACCUCUGAAAAAUAUGAGCCUGAUCCUCCCACAACCUUUGAAGACUCACCAGGCAUUAGUACAAUUACUCCUACGGUAAGCACCAGUGAAUUCAUAGAAGACCUUAUUUCAGAAACCGAACUUGAGGUGGGAAAAUAUGUUACAACAGCAGAUGCAGAAGUUAAUAUUGUCUUAGAGGCUACAUUAAUGGUCACUGAUAGGACUCCAGUUGGUAAUCCUUUAGAAAUAUCUCAAGUAGAUGUCAAGAAUAUCUCAACAGAGGAGCCUGUAAAGACAACCCGCACAGAACAUACAGAGGUUUCAUCUGAUGCCACCACAGAAGGGUUGCCAAAAGCUCUGACAGAUGAGGAUGUUGCCAAAAUCGCAUUUGUGACAGCUGUGCCUAAAAUGCUGUCACCCACUACCCCUGCAGAUACAUUACCUGGGGUUGCAAAAGAUGCUAAAACUAUUGAAGACCUGUUUGAGGAGACCACUACUGUAUCAAUGCAGGGCAAACCUGAAGAUAUUGCAAUUGUAACGUUACUUGACAAUUUCGAGGAGGAAGAGGUACCUCACACUAAAGAAGAUGAAACAACAGGUGCAGAAUCACCAGGUACUGUGACAGAGAGUGCAUAUAAAGUGUGGAUGGAAACACAUGAGCCUAAUGUUGAGGAGGAGUAUUUAGGUAAGGAAGAGGAUAUUAUGACUGAAUCCCCUGAAUUUGCUGAGGUGACACCCAAAAUUACAGAGGAAACUACUGAAGCUACAAAGAAGGAAGGCACUGCUGAUAUUUUCCAAGAUGAAGAGACUCCUUCUGAAAAUCUAUUUACAGAGAGAGGCACACCUAUAGUUGAGGAUGUGACCAUCACUGUAAAAUACAAACCUGGUGAGAUGGUGACAGGUGCAACAGAAGUUACUAGGGUCACACUUGAAGACAUUGACACAGACAAAGUUCACGAAAGCAAAUCUGAAGAUGUCGGAGGAGACUCAAGUGAUACUACUGUUAAAUCAGUGGGUGUAACUGAUGCUGCCAUCUUGGAGGAAACACCUGAAGAAGGUACAGCAGGUGUUUUGGUUAAAGAGAAUUCACCAGAACCUAUGAUCACACCUGAGGCCACCACUGCAAUCACCCCUGAAGUCACAACUGAAAAUUAUUUUCAGGAUGGUACACCUGAAACUGACAUUGUAGAGUUUGUAACCAGAGAUGUGAAAGGUGUACUUAAAGAAGAAACUGGUGAAGGUGCUGAGGAGACAACUGAAGUUUUUGAAGACACAUUGUCAGACCCUACUGUUACUGAGGUGGUAAAACAUAUAAAGACUGCUGCCAAAGAUGAGGACAUGCAUGAAAUUACAGAGUCAUCUGAGAUUUCUGAGGAAACACAUAAAGUUGUGGAGAAAAUUGUACAUAAAGUCACAGUAGAAGUACCUGAGACCAGAGGUGAUGCCAUACCUGAAACACCUGGAGUCAUAUCAGAGACAUCUGAGGUUACUACAGAAACAGCUGAUGCCAUAUCUGAAGCACCUGAAGUUAUACUUAAGUCUAGUGAAGUCAUGUCUCAGACACCUGAGGUCAGUUCUGAGGUGCCUGUGAUCAUAACAGAGCUUUUAUCUCAGAACAUUUCAGAGACACCUAAGAGAAUAUCUGAAGCCCCUUACGUGAUAUCUGAUUUACCUGUGGUGCUACCUGAAUUCGCAGAGGAUAAGACCCCAACUCCAGCCUUCAAAGUGGAGGACAUCACGAUUAAACCGAAUGACUUGACAACCAGCAUUCAAAAGACUUUCUCAACCACAUCACAAACCUCACUACAGGACAUUUCCAAUGACAUUUUAGGAGAAAACAACAUGAUUGGCAAUGAAAUUGAUGAUAUCCUGGCCAGACCGAGUCGUCCUGUGGGAGACCAUAUUGUUGAGCUCAGCAUUAAGCUGAAAGGAGAGAGUUAUGAUGAUGCUCUAAGAGAUCCAGAAAGUUAUUACUAUCAACAUCUAUCUGAGCAGUUCAUUGAGAAGAUUGAAGAGGUUUUUGAAAGGCUUCCUGGUUUUAAGAAAAUGUUUGUCCUUGAAUUCAGGCCACAGAAGGACAUUGAAGGAGGACUGGCAGUGGUGGUGCACUACGCUGUUGUUCUUGAGGGUGAUGGCACAGGAAUAAGUAAUGAGACCAUGGAUUACAUAAACCUGCAUUCCAAUAUGGUUGAGAACUCCAUCACAGAUCCUGAUGAGCUACCCACUGUGGUCUACACCAUCACAGACUUCCGAAACUACAUCACUGAAGCCCUUCACAAGGAAAAUUUCAUUGGAAACACCACUCUGGAUGUGGACCCUGAUUCUUUGCAAUUGGAAAAUGUGGAGACAUUGCCACCUUCCAAACCAACCAGCAGACCACUUGACUCCAAUGACAUGAUGGGUAAUGUUCUUGCCUCAGAGAAACCACCAGAUAUUCUUCAGCAGGAAUUAUCCAGCAAUGACAUCUUCAUCACAAAAGAAGACUUCUUUGACCCUGUUCACUCUUUUGACCCCUGGAUCGAUGGACAGAGUGAGGGCACAAGCGCAAAUGAUGUAAUCGUAUUUGAGGAAAGUUCCACUCUGUCUCCAGCAGAAACAUCUCUGAAGAACCUGGAAAUUGAUCUUACCUCUAAAUUUGAGACAUCAACCAAUGCACCUACUCCUGGUUCAGAAAAUGAUGGUUUUCUUGUAGAAGAGGGAUUCCUGCAGACUGCAACUACCACCAGUCCUAACACAGUCACAGUAACUGAAGAUGCCUUACCUACAAAAUCAAUACUCAAGACAGACGAGACUCCAGUUCCUCCUGUGGAAUCUCCUGGUGUGGAGGUGACUCCUGAGCAUGAUUUGAUAGACCUUGGUUCAGGCUCAGGUUUCUCUGGGGAUGGCCUUAUCCCAGACAUAUGGCCUUGGGUGUCUGGAACACUACAUGAAGACUUGGAUGAAGAUGCUAAAGAUCUAAAUCAACCUAAGGAGGAUCAGGAACAUAUAGAGGAACAGCUUGAGCCUCCUCACCAAGAUUUGACCCCUGAUGAGUCAUUUUUGGACAGGGUUCUUGUGACACAAGACAUUCGUACCCAUCCUCACUAUACAACGACUGACCAAGCCCCAGUGUUCUGGACAAUGGAGACAUUGACUGUCGAGCUCUCUAUGCAGACACAAGUAGCCCCUGAACAAUAUGAUUAUUUUCCAGAUGAAUCUACCACUCUGGGUACACAAUUGACCAACCGACCCUUGCUACAUGUCUACACAGCAGCAGAAACUCCAAAUCUGGAUGGAUCACCAAGUCCUGAUACUACUAAGAGUACACCUGCUGAUGAGGACUUCACAGAAUGGCUUGUUACUCCCACUAUGAUCCCAGCAAGCACAGCAGUAGCCACAGAGGUAACAGAAGAGUAUACUUCUUCAAAAGGCAACAUAAAGCAUCAAGAAGAUAUUGGUACAACAGUUGUGACAGUGACCUCAACAACAAUAAAAUCAAAUGAUAUUCCUUCACUUACACAGCUGCCUGUGACUCUAGACAUUGAUACCAUAUCUACGGAAGGUCAUUCUACUUCAGAAGUUGAUGAGAAACCUGUAAAUGAAGGUAAGACAGAGUUACCGGCAGUCUUAUGGCCAGAGGUGGAAGGUUCAAAUAAAGAAGUACAAAUUCUAGAUGAUGAGUUAGGGGACAUCAAGCUUGUUCCUACAGAAAACCCAGCAACUGAACUCUCGGAAGAUGAUUUAGUUGAGGAUGAGAUCAUGGUUGCAACAACAGCAAAGCCAACAAUAGUCACAGAGAGACCAAGUUUAGAUCAUUCAACUUCCUUCUCUCCUGAGAAGGAGUCUCCGUUCACUCGUAUAUCACACUCAUCUCUAGAUAAAGAUGAGUCUAUACUAGAUCCAACCACAGAACCUCUGUCAACCCAAUCAUCUUCUCAUUCCAUUCUUUUGGAGAUGACUUCAGAGACUCCAACAGAUGCUGUGUACACUGAUGUUGCAACUCCCUUCACCUUUUUGGGGGAGCCUGUUUUGCCAGAUAAGGUUGAAGAUGGGUACUUAACUAAAAUUUCUCAUUCAGAACCUCUGCCUACUUAUUUGACUCCUGAAAAGACGACUCCAAAGACUCCAACUGAUGCUUUGCUCACUGAUGUUGAAAGUCGCCUCACCUUUGUGGAGGAGCCAAUUUUGCCAGAGAAGGUUGACAGUGGAUACUUAACUACAAUGUUUCAUUCAGAAACUAUACCUGCCCAGACUUCUACUCUUUCCACUCUUGAAGAGAUGACUCCAGAGGCUCCAACUGAUGCUGUGCACACUGAUGUUGCAACUCGCUUCACUAUUGUGGGGGAGCCUAUUUUGUCAGAGAAGGUUGAGGAUGGGGACUCAACUACAAUAUUUCAUUCAGUACCUCUGCCUACCCACUCAUCUACUCAUUCAAAUUCUGAAAAGACAGCUACAGAGACUCCAACUGAUACUGUGCAUGCUGAUGUUGUAACCCGCUUCACCUUUGUGGAGGAGCCUUUUUUGUCAGAGAAGGUUGAUGAUGGGGACUCAACUACAAUAUUUCAUUCAGAAACUCUACAUACCCAGUCUUAUACUCUUUCCGCUCUUGAGGAGAUGACUCCAGAGGCGCCAAGAGAUGCUGUGUACACUGAUGUUGCAACUCCCUUCACCUUUUUGGGGGAGCCUGUUUUGCCAGAUAAGGUUGAAGAUGGGGACUCAACUAAAAUAUUUCAUUCAGAACCUCUGUCUACCCAAUCAUCUACUUAUUCGAUUCCUGAAAAGAUGACUCCAACUGAUGCUGUGCUCACUGAUGUUGAAAGUCGCCUCACCUUUGUGGAGGAGCCUAUUUUGACAGAGAAGGUUGACAAUGUGUACUCAACUACAAUAUUUCAUUCAGAAACUAUACCUGCCCAGACUACUACUCUUUCCACUCUUGAAGAGAUGACUCCAGAGGCUCCAACUGAUGCUGUGCACACUGAUGUUGCAACUCGCUUCACUAUUGUGGGGGAGCCUAUUUUGUCAGAGAAGGUUGAGGAUGGGGACUCAACUACAAUAUUUCAUUCAGUACCUCUGCCUACCCACUCAUCUACUCAUUCAAAUUCUGAAAAGACAACUACAGAGACUCCAACUGAUGCUGUGCAUGCUGAUGUUGUAACCCGCUUCACCUUUGUGGAGGAGCCUUUUUUGUCAGAGAAGGUUGAUGAUGGGGACUCAACUAACAUUUUUCAUUCAGAACCUCUGCCUACCCAAUCAUCUACUUAUUCGACUCCUGAAAAGAUGACUCCAACUGAUGUUGUGCUCACUGAUGUUGAAAGUCGCCUCACCUUUGUGGAGGAGCCUAUUUUGACAGAGAAGGUUGACGAUUGGGACUCAACUACAAUAUUUCAUUCAGAAACUAUACCUGCCCAGACUUCUACUUUUUCCACUCUUGAAGAGAUGACUCCAGAGACUCAAACUGAUGCUGUACAUACUGAUUUUGUAACUCGCCUCACCUUUGUGGAGGAGCCUAUUUUGUCAGAGAAGGUUGACGAUUGGGACUCAACUACAAUAUUUCGUGCCACAACAUCUGUCAUUCCAAAUAUUUCAGAAACUUUAGAAUUAAACCUUGGUUCCACCAAAGUACCACAGUUUUAUAAACCAACUUUCAGACCCACUGAUCUGAUUCAUGAUGAAGGAGAUACUUCAAAGGAUUCAGUACAAAGAGACACAGUAGAGUCAAGCCCUGACAUUACAGGUGUAAUUUUACCUAUGGAACCAGUGAAAUCUGAAAGAACUACUGUGAAAGUUCCUAUUACAGUCAACCCUAAUGUAACAGAAAUUGAUCUUUCAUUUGACAUCUUCCCAUUUGAUGGGCCAAGCCACAAGGAAGAUGAAGGUAGUGGGUUCGCUCUAGGAACUGACAUGGCCAGCAUUGCCUUGCCAGCCAGUCCUGGCAGGGCACUAAUAGUGUUUUUCAGUCUCAGGGUUACCAACAUGAUGUUUUCAGAGGAUCUUUUCAACAAAAGCUCUACAGAAUACAAGGCUCUUGAACAACGAUUUCUUGAGCUGCUUGUGCCAUAUCUACAGUCCAACCUCAGCAAUUUCCAAAAUUUAGAGAUCUUGAACUUCAGGAAUGGCAGCAUUGUUGUUAACAGCAGGAUGAAGUUUGGAAAACCAGUUCCCCAUGGUGUGACAACUACAGUGUACCUUAUCCUUGAGGACUUCUGUAAUACCGCAUACCAGACUAUGAAUCUUGCAAUAGACAAGUAUUCAUUGGAUGUUGAAUCAGGUGAAAAAGCUGAUCCAUGCAAGUUCCAAGCAUGUAAUGAAUUCUCAAAAUGUUUGGUGAAUCGGUGGUCAGGCGAGGCAGAGUGUGUUUGUAACGCUGGCUAUUUUAGCGUUGAUGGUUUGCCAUGCCAGAGCAUCUGUGACAUACAGGAAGACUUUUGCCAAAACGAUGGGAAAUGUGACAUCAUACCUGGCAAAGGAGCGAUCUGCAGGUGUCGUGUUGGUGAGAACUGGUGGUAUCGUGGUGAACACUGUGAGGAGUAUGUGUCUGAACCUCUGGUGGUUGGCAUUGCCAUUGCUUCAGUGGCUGGGUUCCUCCUCGUGGCGUCGGGUGUGAUCUUCUUCCUUGCCAGAACUCUACGAGACCAAUAUGACACAGAUGAUUCAGAAGACCCUUUACGGCAUGCCGACAGCGUGCCAUCUCUAGAGCGAGCCACUAAGUACAACCCCAUGUUUGAAAGUGAAGCGACUAUGGGCUAUCAUCAGUAUUAUCGCCGUUACCCAGAAGCCCCUGCUUACAGCACUGGCAGCGCGGAGACCUCCACAGACUUCAGCAGCGAGGAGAUCCGACACAUUUAUGAGAACAGUGAACUGACCAAAGAGGAAAUCCAGGACCGUAUCCGAAUUAUUGAGCUUUAUGCCAAGGACCGCCAGUUUGCAGAUUUUAUCCGGCAGCACCAAGUGUAA